CUUGUUUAUCAUGACAGAUCUGUUUCCUCGGAUGAAACAUCUUGUUUUGUCUCCAGGCUUCUUUAUAGUUAUCCAAUUCAGUGACUACUGAGAAAAAUUGUCGACUUGGAGAAAUUACUUCAUCAGAAAUCUCCAUGGCUUCAUUGAAUUAAUCAAUCGUUUACCCCUUUAGCUGAUACACUUACCAAGGAUUCCCUGAACUCUUAACUGGAUUUGGUAGGAGGGCUGGCGAAAGAAAUCUACUGGAUAAGUCUGGAUUAUUAAAACAGCACUGGAUUUCAGCAACUUAGGUUUCACACCGACACCAGUUGAUGACAGCAGCGACGUUCGUAUAGAAAAAUUCUUCGACCUACCGAGAAGCUUGUCUGAUGUGUCACUUUCUGAUGAGUUUGUUGAUUGGCGUUAUGAUAGAGAUCUAAAUGUAAAUGAAAUCUCAGCCCCAACUCAUGCAGUUCCUCUUAAUCAGAGGCCAGGAGUUACUGUCAUCGAAUCCGAUUCCGAGUCUUAUGACGGUUGUUCUCCUAAAGCACCAGAAAUGAAUUCAAUGGGGACCGAUGACCUUCAAGGAUCUUCCUCUCCUUCUAGUCUGAUUAGAAUUCGCUGAAGACACUAUAAGACAAAAGCGGCUGGGGCUAAUACGUCGGAUGCCCAUGACUUUGGAGCAAGCAAUGGAAAAACAAGUUUCAAGAGGCUUCGUAAAGGUGAUCAGCCCCUUCCUUCCACAUUUAACAGUCGACGUCCGAAGAACCCACUAGUGAAUAAAGCUUCAAAGUUUGUAACAGUUCCUGAUGCUAUGUCUGGAAAGAUAUGUCAAGUUGCUCGCCGCAGCAAACGUUUGGUUAACAAAGGCUAUACUUUUAAAGAAGUGAGCUCGUGUUGUCCAGUCGGUGCAUUUGCCCCUGCUUUUGACGGAAAUAGAGAGCACGAAUUCUGGUUCUGGCGACGAGGUUCUUGGAAUGGAAACUGAAAGUUCUGACGACAUUUCUUCUGGUUGUCCAAGUCCUUUCACCGACUUGGGUGAUGCUCAAGUUCCAUUGGGAAGAGAAGCCGUUAGAGGAAAUGAUUUCUCCAGCACCGUAUUUGUUGAUGAUAACUUAACUAGCAAAGAUAAUGCGUCUCCUGCCCAUGACAGUAUUUUAUCACCAGGUCACAUAGAACCUACUUGUGAUAAUGGAGAAAAGGUUAUCCAACCACCCUUCCCAACUGAAUCUUUGCUUGACUGCAAUUUAUUUUCUGCCCGCGGAAUGAUGGGAAGUGGCUCGACUAACCCCUGUCCAGAGAACGAAAAUGUUAGAGUAUGCCGAGCUGCUUCUAUCCUUCAAUCUGAUACUGGCAUUAGUCGACCAGUCCUUGCCUCUCCAUCUCUAGUCCAACCGAUAAACGAGCCUGAUUGCGGCACAUUGCUUAAAACCAUGACAGCACAUUACGACCAGUUUCUGAAAUCCGGCACUCAACUAAAUGAUGCGCAAAAACAACUUGCUUUGGGAGGUGGUGCUGAUGUCGGUAUGAGACGGGAAAUCGCACGGUUAGAGAGCAAAAAUACUAAGUUGUCCGCUGCUUUAAGGGUGCUGACUGAAGAGUUGGCUGGAGUGCGCCAGGAAUUAGCUGAUACGAAAUCUCGUGAAUUGCAGCUGCAACUAUCUUUGGAAGAAAUUAGGGUCGUACUUCCAGACUCUUGGGAGUACUGACUUGCUUCCCGGUAGUAAAUAUUGAUAGGGGUGAUCUGACUUUUGCUUAUUCCACCAUUUGCAGCAAUUUUCUUUUUCGUCAAGCUGCAUCUUUUUGACACACCAGUAGAGUUCCGGCCGGGAUAUCUCACAGUGUUUGGGUGUGAACACUCUUUUGUAUAUUAGGUGAAGAUAGGUUAGCAGAGUACAUGAUCCCUCUUUUUGUAUAAAAAUAUUCUAAGCUGGCAACGGGUACCUCUCCUUGAAACAGUUUGAAUGUCUUUAUAUUUCUUCCUGUUACUUCACGAUUGGUCUUGAUACUGGUAUGCAUAAAGUUGUCUAUA